AUGGUAAGAGGUUUCAAAAUUUCAUUUCCCCAGGUUCUUUUUUAGUCCUUUUUUAUUCGAUUAUUUUCGCACAGUAAUUUAUACCAUAUCAUGUUCUUUACCACCACAUCUAGAAUUGCACUUCAAGCACGCAAUACACUUGCUCAACGUUUUUAUGCUACCGGAGCUGGAGCUAACGCACUUCUGUUUGUCGAGCAUAAGGACGGUGCCAUCACAGGCGCUACCUUGAAUGCUUUGACAGCUGCAAAGAAGCUAGGUGGUUCAGUUACUGCUCUUGUAGCUGGCGACGCUCCUGAGGGCAUUGUGAAAGAAGUAGCCAAGUUAUCUGGCAUUUCAAAGGUUCUGAGUGCGAAAGAUAACGCUUAUGCUAACGCUUUACCAGAAAAUAUUGCACCUCUUUUGGUGGCUGCACAAGCGCAAUUUGGAUUUACCCAUUUAUUCACAGGCCACACCGCGACUGGUAAAAAUAUCUUUCCUCGUGCCGCAGCCUUGAUGGACGUUGCUGCCAUUUCUGAUAUUGUCGGUGUUGAAGGAGAAGAUACCUUUGUCAGACCUAUCUACGCAGGUAACGCGAUUGCUACUGUCAAGUCUAAUGAUAAAGUGAAGGUUGUGACCGUCAGAGGUACUGCGUUUGAAGCCGCUAGUGCUGGCGAUGACAAUGCGGCCGAGGAAGCUGCACCCAACGCUGAUAAACCAAACUUGACACAAUGGAUGGGUGAAGAUAUUCAGAAGAGCGAUCGUCCAGACCUUGGUUCAGCCAAGCGUGUCAUUAGUGGUGGUCGUGGUAUGAAGAAUGGCGAGAACUUCAAAUUACUUUAUGAUUUGGCUGAUAAGAUGGGUGCUGCUGUCGGCGCAUCUCGUGCUGCUGUCGAUGCUGGUUUCGUUGAUAAUUCGUUACAAGUUGGACAAACCGGUAAAAUUGUUGCACCAGAGCUUUAUGUCGCUGUUGGUAUCUCUGGCGCCAUUCAACAUCUUGCUGGUAUGAAGGAUUCUAAAACGAUUGUGGCCAUCAACAAAGAUGCUGAUGCUCCUAUUUUCCAAGUUGCGGAUUACGGACUUGUUGAUGACUUAUUCAAGGCUGUGCCUGAAAUGACUGAGAAAAUUGGCAAAUAAAGCAGAGACGGUAUUAGAUAUAUCACUGACCGUUUAAUACAAUAAAGAAUUGACGUAAUAUUGAUAUUAUAUUCAUCGUAUCAGCGUGCUUUCGAUGGGUA